AUGUGUCAUUACUGGAUUAAAUUUCUAGUCAUUUCAAUAGUGCUUCUUGUGGCAAAGGCAUCAUCAACAGUCCCGGCCUCGUCUUGGAAGGAACCCAUUUGCGUUUUUGGCGCGGAAAGAUAUGUUCGUGUGGUGAAUGCUAUUCAGCCAGCGGCCUCGGCCCAGCUCUGGCUGCAUUGUGCAUCGGGAAAUGACGAGAAAGGGUAUCAUGACCUUAGCGCGGGUCAGGAGUUCAAGUUUACGUAUUGCCCGUUACCUAGAUCUCUAUACUUCUGCCGGCUAUGGUGGGCCCAGAAAACGGUCGCGUUCAUUGUGUCUAAAACAGGGUGGAGAUCAGAAUACUGUACGCACAAUACAUGUUAUUGGGAGGCAAGGAGCGAUGGCAUAUAUCACUCCGCAGAUUCUAAUCCCCAACAUGGUACAAAGGUCUAUAAUUGGAGUUGA